CUUUCCAGAGUAAGCGGCAUUAUAUAUUUUAUUGUCAAGAAAAGAAUAAAAAGAAAACCAUGUCUGGUUCAAGUGACUUCAGUGACCCAGUUUACAAAGAGAUUUCUCUGACAAAUGGCCAUAUCAACAGAAUGAGCAGAGACGAACUUAGAGCUAAACUUGCUGAAUUCAAGCUUGACACCAGAGGAGUGAAAGAUGUUUUGAAAAAGAGACUGAAAAACUACUAUAAGAAAGAAAAGUUAAUGCAAAACCAGACUAUGAAUGCAGAUAAUUACUAUGAUUACAUCUGUGUUAUUGACUUUGAAGCAACUUGUGAAGAAGGAAAUCCUCCUGAAUCUACACAUGAAAUCAUUGAAUUUCCUAUUGUCUUGUUAAACACACGGACAUUAGAAAUUGAGGACACAUUUCAACAGUAUGUGAAACCAGAGAUUAAUCCUCAGCUUUCAGAAUUCUGCAUUAAUUUGACAGGAAUCUCUCAGGAUCUUGUAGAUAAAGCAGAUGAAUUUCCAAAGGUUCUGCAACAUGCUGUGGACUGGAUGAAACAGAAAGAACUCGGAAGCAAAUACAGCUAUUCCAUAUUAACUGAUGGAUCUUGGGAUAUGAGUAAAUUUUUGAAUAUCCAGUGUCGCAUUAGCCGUCUGAAAUAUCCUUCUUUUGCUAAGAAGUGGAUCAAUAUUCGCAAAUCCUAUGGGAACUUCUACAAGGUUCCCAGAUGCCAAAUUAGACUUUCAACCAUGCUUGAAAAGCUGGGAAUGGACUAUGAUGGACGGCCUCACAGUGGGCUUGAUGACUCUAAGAACAUUGCACGCAUAGCAAUUCGUAUGCUUCAAGAUGGUUGUGAGCUUCGGGUGAAUGAAAGAUUGCACGGUGGGCUGUUACUGACUGUCUCCUCCACUGUCCCAAUAGAGGGAGCUCCUGUACCACUAAUGCCAAGUUUACGAUAAAAAUUAAACAUUGAAUUACAUUGCAUUGAGGACCAUACCCAAAAACUCUAGGACUUCAAAAGACUUACAAAGAGCUUAAAAACUGGUAUCUGUUUCCCAGUUUAACAACUCACUGGAAUUUACAAUUAGUCACAAAACCACUAGUGUUAAUAUUGGGUUGUUUUUAUGUCUGCCUCGGUUGGUUGUGCUAGGUUUGGUAUAAAAUAUCCAGAUAGUUAAGAUGGCUUUCUGUAAAAUGUAAAGUCAAAACUAGAAGCAUAGAAUUGAGUCCACAGGUGUAACACCGUUCUUUGCUCCUUCAAUAUGAAAUAGGUAAUUGCAACACUGUUGAACAACACCAUUGAAUGUGCUAUAUCUCUUUUCUUUUUGUAUCAUACAAGGAUCUGCUUGACUUUGUGAAACAGUGGCCAAAUCGACUUUACCUUCUGCUCAUAUUUCAUAACUUACCUGUUACUUUUUGCAAGUCUUGCUCCAGGAGAGGGAGAUUCAGUUUUUAAGUUUGCCUGGCUUUAGCCCAACUAAAAGCAAUUUCAUACAGUAAUAACAAAUGUUUUUCUUUUUUGUAUUCAGAAAUGUUUAGGCCUUUAAUUGGCCAAAAUUAAGCACUUUUUAGACACCUUAAAUUGUUGACUUUAGCAUGUGCUUAAUGCUCUCCCAUUUAAAUAAGUAGAACUAGAAAGGGCUUGAUUUUGGCUGGAUUAUGUUUCUGUUUAUUUUUAUUCCUUCCAUUAUGAAUCAAAUAGUUUGGUUUGAUUACUCGACCACUCUACCUCUGUUGUAAAAGGAUCAGUGGAGAAGCUUAUUUCCACAAUAUUUUAAUAAGAUUUGGAUUUGAUGUGAUUAUUGUAUAAGUUUAUUUCUAUGACCAAAGACAAACUCUUACAUAUAUAACUAUGCCAAACAGCCUGCAAAGUGCAUAAAGCUUUGUUUUGAAGUUGACAUAAUAAAUACAAGUCCAGUUUCUAUUGGUAUAUAAAAUAUUACAUAAAAGUGCACAUCUUUU